UGGAAAGAUUUGUUAUUUGUUGAUAAAUCCAAAACUAUGCUAUAUUUCACUUUGGUGCCCCUCGCUCGUGUGAGUCUGUUUGGUCCGUCGAUGCAUAUGGAAGCAGCCGAGAGAGUCAAUUCGGCGGCGCGUAUUGGAGCUGAGAAAAUGGACGAGGAGGAUGAGACGGUGGAGGAGAUACGACAGAUGAGUGGUUACGGCGGAGAUGUGAUAGUAGUCGGUGGAUUUCCGGCGGCGGAGUCGGAAUCUGAAUCUGAAUCCGAUUUGGCGGCAGCGGAGAUUAUGGUUAUAUGGGCUAUUCAAGGGCCAACUUCUUUUGCUCCAAACGCCCUCGUUGCUCAAUCUUCUCUUGAGCUGCGUCUCGAUGCUUGUGGCCACUCACUCUCUAUUCUCCAGUCUCCUUGUUCAUUGAACACGCCUGGAGUAACCGGGUCAGUGAUGUGGGACAGUGGAGUGGUGCUAGGGAAGUUCUUAGAACAUUCUGUAGACUCUAAGGUUCUUUCUCUUGAAGGAAAGAAAAUCGUCGAGUUGGGUUCUGGUUGUGGCUUAGUUGGUUGUAUCGCAGCACUUUUGGGAGGUAAUGUAGUCCUCACCGAUCUUCCAGAUAGAUUGAGGCUACUCAAGAAGAAUAUCCAAACCAAUUUGCACCGUGGGAACACACGUGGAUCUGCUACUGUGCAGGAACUAGUUUGGGGAGAUGACCCAGAUCCAGAUUUGAUCGAACCAUUCCCUGAUUAUGUAUUAGGCUCAGAUGUUAUAUACAGCGAAGAAGCUGUUCACCAUUUGGUAAAAACGCUUUUGCAACUUUGCGGCGAUCAAACUACAAUCUUCCUAUCAGGAGAACUACGGAAUGAUGCUGUUCUUGAGUACUUCUUAGAAACCGCGCUGAAAGAUUUCGCGAUCGGACGUGUGGAACAAACACAAUGGCAUCCAGAUUAUCACAGCCGUCGAGUAGUGCUUUACGUUCUUGAGAAGAAGUCGAAGAGAUGCCUCAUUGAUGACUCUUCACUUAAUCAAUCUUAUUAGCCAUUGAGGUAUUGUUUGUUUACACUUGACAGUGUAUAAUUAUGUCAAAAAAAAAAGUUGAAAAAGUUGGAAAUAGACAUAGAUGGAACUCAGCGAGAAGUAAAGUUCUGGCCGGAUCCUUCCUUGCAUAUUCGCAUUAAUCAUGCUUAUAGAGUGUUACAGAUAUACUAUUUUAAUUUUUGACCUUUUUUCUUUGCCGUUGUAAAAAAUGGAUUCAGAUCAUUGAAGAUAUCUGGUUUGCUU